AAAAAAAAAGAUUUCCUCGCCAACUUCAAAGAUUCGUUCAUUUCGACUAAGAGAUGCAUCAUGCAAGAGCGAAACAAAAGCCACCGCAUCUGUCAUCGGUGACUUUUUCGCAUAAACCCUUUAGGCCGACAUAAUUCAAAAUUCUUGUUAAAAAUGGCGAAUUAAUUUACCCGGCCUUAAUCAAGCGCCGGGCGUACUGUCCAGAAUGGGCUAUUAACACCGCAAGUCUUUGAAACAUGAAGAAGUACUGGAUCCAUUAUUCGAGCGCCAAGGAAAAUCAUCGCGCUGAUCGAAAGAGUUUAUUCUUUAGAGAUUUUAGAAAAUACAUUCUUAAUAGAAUUACCUGAUAUCGACGACCAUCGACUAUGGCGAGCCGACCGCGAAUCACAAAGACUGAGGCACUACGGCGGGCGAGGAGUGCCGCUUUGCUGAAAGAACUUGAACGGAAGCAGGAAGCGAAAAGGCAGCCAGAACCUGUCAUAGAACCUGGCAGAAGACGCAGAUAUACCCCGGCUGAACCAAAGAAGGUUGAAUUUACCAAACCGGCUAUGACGAAGGCGAUGAUGGCACGGGUGAAACAGGCGGAGAAGUUCAAGCAGGAGUACGAGCGUAAGCGUGAAGAAACGAUACCUAUGCGAAGGAUACCGAGGAGGACACUCGCACCAAUCGGCGGUGAUCCUAGGUUUGGUAGAGAGAGGAUAGCACCCGCAAGACGGGCUCCGACGCCGUCUCCGCCGGUUUCACCUGCCAGGCCGGUGAGGAGGCCUAUGCCGCUGGAGAGGAGAGUCGCGCCGGAUAGACGGGCACCGGAACCAAUUCCGGCUAUUCCAGAAAGAACCAGAGAACUGGCGAAGUCCAUGAAUGCCCAGGUGAUCCAAGCCGAAGCAGUUGGCGAGGGUCCGAUCGACAGUGUCGUGAUACCGCCGAGGUCGGUGAACGAGAAUCGCACCACUAUCGUCAGCAUCCCGCAACCGCCUGCGACCGGUGUCGAGGCGCCGAUGUCCGAAGUGGCGAACCGCUCGAUUCGAGUGAUUAGCGAGAGCCUUGACGAGCAAGAUGCAGCGGAAGUGGCUACGGUCCAGGGUAAGCUGGAAGACUUGCAACAUGCGAGACGGGACUUUGUAAUGGCAGUGGCAAAUGUCGGUGGUAACGCUGUGCAACUCGCGGAGGAGGAGAGGCCUAGAUAUUUAUAUAGAGUCCCCGACAUUGAGAGCGAAAUGUUCCGCAUCGAGUACGGCCGGGAACAUCCGAGUGUUGUGGCGGCCCGCGAGUUCGCCCAAAGAAGCAUGGCCGGCAUCAGGGCGCGCGAGGCAGGACGCAGGGCCGAACAGGAGUUCGAGAGAAUAGCUAGGGAGCCGUUACCGGAAGAUCUGCCCUUUGACGUGCCGUUCGAGGAAGAGUUUUUACGCGAAGGCGACAUAUCCUGGGAAGAAGAAGAGGAUGUACCGAUCGUCUCCAGGAUAAAACCUACCAUGCGUGACGUACCGAGGCGCGAGGCGCCUUUCAGAUAUCCCACAUUCGAUCCGGAGGAGCUCGAGAGGUUCUUCGACGUGGAACGGUAUCCACCGAGUCCUCAACGCGGACCGCCACCAGGUCGUGAGCAUCUCCCGCCAGAUCUCUGGGAGCUGGAGGAUCCUUGGGCCACGUGCGGAGUCUGCCCGCAACAGGACAUAUCUGAUCUCCAAGUUUUGAAAAACGAAUUGAAAUAA